UUGAGUUGAGUUUUAUUGAAGUUGUUGUUUUGUUUUAGUUGGAUUGGAUUGAUUAGUCAGGUGAAUGGCGGUGCUUCAAAAUUUAGUUUUGUGGAACAUUUUGUUAUUUAUAUUCUUUAUAAGUAAACCAUCUAUCAAUGGUCAAAUGAAUGAUGUGUUGGAACUGAAAAAUAGCACUAUUGUAAUUUCAAUUCUCGUCAGGAAUAAAGCACAUACACUCCCAUACUUUUUAACAUGUCUGGAGAGGUUAGAUUAUCCAAAAGAUCGGAUAAUGCUGUGGAUUCGGAGUGAUCAUAAUGAGGACAACUCAGUGGAGAUCCUACAGCGUUGGUUGAGUGUUUGGUCCAGCCAUUACCAUGCUGUAGAUGUGGAGGUGGUACCCUCACCUCCCUACCACCCCGGGGAGGACGGUCCUGCGCACUGGCCACACGCACGCUACUCUCACCUCAUCAACCUACGUGAACAAGCUCUCAAGUUCAGCCGAGAUGUGUGGGCGGACUAUGUCUGGUUUCUAGACUGUGAUGUGUUUGUGACAAACCCUCAAACACUUGCUGAGCUUGUGAAGAAGCACCAUGCUGUCACUGCUCCGAUGUUGCGUUCCGACGGGCUCUACUCUAACUUCUGGUGUGGGAUGACUGAAGACUAUUACUACACUCGAACUGAAGACUAUGAGCCAAUACUCAACAGGCAGCGGUCAGGAUGUUAUGCUGUUCCAAUGGUUCACUCGUCAGUGUUGGUAGACUUGCGAACCGUACAGUCUGACAAACUACACUUUGACCCAGUACUAGUCGACGGCUACAAUGGACCACACGAUGACAUCAUCACAUUCGCUCUAUCUGCUAACUUGUCAGGUUUGCCGCUGUAUGUGUGCAAUGAUCUGAUCUACGGCUAUGUUAUGGUUCCACUCGAGAGGGAUGACACACUUAACUACGACAAGCUGCAACUAACCAACCUGAAACUAGAGAUCAUGGUUGAAAGCCCGCCACUACCAGUGAGUGAGCUACUAGCAGACUACACCAGCCUGCCGCCACGCGACACACUAGGAGUGGACGAGGUGUUCAUGAUAAACCUGGCGCGGCGACCAGAGCGGAGACACAGGAUGGAACACUGCUUUGCCGAGCUCGGACUCCGAGUAACUGUAGUGGAUGCUGUGGAUGGCAAAGAACUGACUGAUGAUGAUUUGAAGGAGUUGGGAGUUUCACUCAUGGAAGGUUACACGGAUCCUUACCAUAAGAGGCCUAUGAAACGAGGGGAAAUCGGUUGCUUUCUUAGUCAUCAUGCUAUCUGGCAAAGAGUUGCUGAAAGUACGAAUGAAGUAGUCAUGGUGUUGGAAGAUGAUGUUCGAUUUGAACCGUUCUUUCGGCAAAAAGUGGAGUCUUUGUUGGAGGAACUGAAAACUCUAGAUCUCAGCUGGGAUUUGGUAUACUUGGGCCGUAAGAGGCUGCAAGAGAAGGAUGAGUUGUUUGUGCCAGGCUCCAAGAUGCUGGUGAAGCCCAACUACUCAUACUGGACCCUGGGCUACCUGCUGUCUAGGUCUGGGGCCAAGAAACUGCUGGAAGCCGACCCGUUGUCUAACCUGCUGCCAGUGGAUGAGUACUUACCCAUACUGUACGACAAGCAUACAGAAGAGAAGUGGAAAGCGAACUUCCCUGUGCGUAACUUGCAAGUGUUCUCCGCUGAGCCGUUGAUCAUCUACCCUGUGAGAUACUUGUAUGAGGAAGGCUAUCACAGCGACACCGAGGACUCUCCCCCCGCCGUGACCCCGCCAGCUCCACCAAGAGACGAUCUGUAGUUCUACAAUACCACUAUAAGUACCAAAUAUUUAAGUUGUAGUACUCGUAUUGUAAAAGUUUUGACUUAGACACUCUAUGAUGGUGUAGACUUUACAUUUACAUGUAAACACUGUCUUUGUCUCAUGUAAAUGUUUCAGAAUGAGAAAGGACUUCCAGGUUCAGUUGAGCUAUCGUCACAGUGUGAAGCUGGAAAUUAUGGGUAUCUUUCUUGUGGACCGACAUCUUAAUCAUGCAAAAAGGAAAGCGCAAUAGACAUAGACAUAUUUUACAAUCUAUUGUAAACUGAGAGUUUACUUGAAAAAGGAUAGAAUUAACAAGAUCAGCCCAGUCCAGGGGCUAAUUAAUAGAUGCACAGUGAGAGUGAAAUUUCACAAACUUUGACACUGAUAUUUUGUCAAAAUACAGGGUAUUAUUCAGAAAGCAGAUUGAAAACAUCUGGAGAAAAUUUUGGUGUAAAUUUACAUAAAAAAAAAAACUUAUAAUAUCAGUGUAAUAUUGAGGUCGCCAUCUUGUAUUUUGUAUCAAUCACCAUCUGGACUCUAAUUUUCACAAGUAAGCUAGAUGAACUUUAUCCCUUACAAUUCUGUUAAAGCUAUUGUAAAUCAUAGCAUUUUAUGUACCCCUUUUCUGUUUUUUUAUGAAGAACUAAAUGAGAAAUAUCAAACUUAAAUAGUAGUACACUCACUUGUUGCAGCUUUCCCCAUAAAGAUUAGAUGUCUGUGUCAGUGUUUAAAGCCAAUGGUGUAAGAGUUACACUCAAGAUUGUGUUCACCAUUAUUGUAUCACUAUUAUUAGGAAUUAUUUAUGCGAGGGCAAUGUUGGUUCGUAACUUUGUGAUGGAAAUGUAAUGUUGAAAUUUUAACAAACGGGUCAAUAGACUCCCGAUUAUCCACAAACAGACUAACCACACUGAAGAUAAAAAAUCGAAAUAAAAAAUAUUAAAUACAAGGAAAAUAUACGAUAUACAGCGAGGACCUACAUAUUUAGUGUGAGAGGCCCAUGAUCUUUGGGCAGACUAGAGUUGCUUUAUUGACCACAGAUAAGUUGAUAAGUUACAUCUCGUGUGUGUUUUCACUUUUGCAAUUACUAAGCCGGAAAAUAGGCUCUCUAGUAUUAUUUGUUUUGUUUGUGUUUAAACAAAUUUAAAGGGCAUAUACACUAAAUUUGUUUGAUAAUAUCCUAGACCUGUAAUGUUAGUUAUUUGCUGGACAUUUUAGGUUAGGUUUGCACUAUCAACGAUCAUUUAGCCACUCAUUAUCAAGGAUAAUCGGGACUCUACUGAAGUAAUGAAAAUUGUUAUGAUAUUAUUGUGAUAAAAACCUAUGCCAUAUCAAUGUCACUAUAAAAAAUAUACAUAACAGUUAAUGUUAUCAUAAGGCCUAUAAUGACUCCAAGAAUGUAUCUUAAGCCUAGUCCACACAUGGUGAUUUGUCUCCGGAAACAUUGUUGGCAGACUGUCUCCGUAGGGUUGCCGUUUGUAUCCAGCAAUGUCUCCAGAUAGUCAGCUGACUGUCUGCCUACUGUUUGUGUCUGGGCACAGUCGACCGACUCAGUCUUCAUGUGUGGACUAGGCUUUAGAAAUACCAGUUCCAAGUGAAACAAGCCACAUGUUGUGCAUCAAUCUAAUCAGUGGUAAUACUCUCUUUUUAAAUUGGUGUUUAAAGACAUGUUCUUAAUUGGUGUAGCUAGUGAUUAAAAUUAUCUAACCAUAUCAAUUUUUCAAGCUAGUAAACAAGUUAGUAUGGGAUCUUAAUUUGCCAUGACACAACUGUGUUAUUUCUAUUUUUGUUGAAAUGCCAAAAGACUGAUUUUCAUUUUAGUUAUCUCAGUAGUUAUUUUGUAAUAGAAAAAAAAUUGUUUGUCUGGUUGUUCUCUUUUCAAACUAUGUGAUUGAACUGCCAAAAUACUAUUGUAUAUUUCCUUGUCAUCAGUGUUCCACGGACAUAUACUAGAAUGAUAAAGAGGGUGGUAAUCUUUAUGUUCAUUCUAAUUGCUAACAUAUCAUUGAUGAAAAAUGUUCAAAUAGUGUAUUUAGCGGUUACGUGUAAAAUAUUGCAGUCAAGCAUUGAUAAUACUUUGAUUGACUAAAAUACUUAACCUAAAGCCUUGGAUACUACUUAAUUAAGCUAUAAACUAAAUAUAAGUAGUUGGCCAUACUGCAUAUUGCAGUUGGCCUGAUAAUAUGCCAUAUUAAUAAUCUUUUCCUAUUUAUACAGUGGAAAUGUUGCAUUAAAAUGCCAUAUAUGUUCGUGUCAUGUUAACCGUUUUUGUAAGAAAACUGAUGUGCCUUAUUAGUGGUUAGAUAUACAGUAUACAAUAUAGCCUACCUAAUGGUAUUUUGUUUUUGUAGUUUUAUUUAUAUUCACGUUAUGUUUGGUUUUAACUAUGUUAUAUCUAAUGUUUAGAAUAUAUAUAAUCUCUUUCGUGGAACAUGUUUUUGAAUCUUAUCAAGGUUCUACAAAUAGUAGGGUUGAAAAAACGGUCUUCCAUUUCACACCCAUCUUGCUGAGAAACAUUUUAAAAUCUUGAUUUUUGAGCAAGAUUUAACAAACAUAUUGCAACAACUUUGCAAGUUAAUUUUCUCAGAAAAUGCAUGUAGUUUAUUAUUUACUUUUAGUCUUAUUGUGUAGAGCAACACAUAUUUUACAAUAGAAAUCCUCACUCGAUUCACAAUUUUAAUUGUAAAACCAAAUUUCAGCAUUGAAAGUAUCUUUUACAGUGAAAUAAAAACUAAGUCUUAACUUGUCACACCUAAAAUAUUGUUAAGAACCAAAAUGCCAUAAUAUUUUGAUUUUCAAGUUUAUUGUGAUGUUACUUACCCUUGAUGGUAAACCUUUAACAAAAUCAUAACUGUACUUUCUUUAAAACAGCAUUUCAAUUUCAGGUAAAACUAUUUGUUUGUAUGUACGGUAACCCACGUUAUGAAACACAUAGCUUUUAUUUGUAACAGUCU